AUGGGUGGAACCCCAAGGGGCGCCGACGAGGUGUAUCGUUUCUCGCGCCUCGAUGACAUGCGCCGCUGCGUCUACACAAAGGGGACGCGCGUGUGCCGUGACGUGGACGGCGUUUCCGGCUGUAAGGUGCCUGUAUCGGAAGGCACGGCGCUGUUCACGUCGGGCAUGGUGGCGCGAUGCAACUCCAGCAUGCAGCUAGCGGUGGAGGUGGCGGUGGAAACCGGGCCGCGCGACAUCGUGGUGGGGUACCCUACGGGCGAGUACACGUGGCCGUGGAACCCGGCCGUGAACUACACGCAGUGGAUGCUCAACAACACGCUCUACACCGGCGACGUGCUCUACUUCAAGUACGCGGCACACAUGGACGAGGUGUACAUAGUGCCGACUAAGGAGGACUAUGACGCGUGCAAGUACGACCGGUACACGGCGUACUGCAACGGCACGGACGGGGUGGGCGAGGGGUGCUUCAGCAACCCGCUCGACAACACCACCACCUAUUUCCUCUCGGGGGUUUACAGCCACUGCACAGCAAGUCAGAAGCUCGCCGCCGUCGCCCUUGACGGCCCCACGGGUGCUUAA